UGGUCGUCCGGAGGCAGCGAAGCCUGGGCGGCGGCGCCAUGAUGCGGCUGCGGCGGGCGGGCCGGGAGCUGCUGCGUUGGGGUCGCGGUGGGCCCCCUGCAGCCGCCCCGCGGCGGGGCGCGGAGGUGCUGGUGGGCAAGGCCGGCGGGGCGAGCAGCGGUAUUGCUGAAAUCCUAAUGAGCCGACCCCACGCCAGAAAUUCACUGGGAAAAGUAUUUGUGAAUGAACUGUUCAGUGCUCUGGAACAGCUCCGCUUUGAUGAGCAAGUUCGUGUGGUGGUGUUCAAGAGCGAGGUGAAAGGUGUAUUUUGUGCUGGUGCAGACUUAAAGGAACGAGCACAGAUGGAUGAUGCGGAAGUUGGACACUUUGUUAAAAGGCUGAGAAAUCUGAUGGAUGAGAUAGCUGCCCUGCCGGUGCCCACAAUUGCUGCAGUAGAUGGCUACGCGCUGGGUGGUGGACUAGAGCUGGCAUUGGCUUGUGACCUUCGAGUGGCAGCUUCCUCAGCUAAAAUGGGCCUUAUUGAAACCACAAGAGGGCUUCUUCCUGGAGCAGGUGGAACCCAACGCCUACCCAGAGUUGUUGGAAUAGGCCUUGCAAAGGAACUGAUUUUCACUGGGAGGCAGAUCGAUGGACAGGAAGCCCUCUCAAUAGGGUUAGUUAAUCACACAGUGCCCCAAAACAGCGAGGGAGAUGCAGCUUACCAGAGAGCACUGGCUUUGGCUAAAGAGAUUCUCCCUCAGGCUCCGUUUGCUGUGAAAAUGGGAAAACUGGCAAUAAACAGAGGAAUGGAGGUCGACAUUGCAUCAGGGAUGGCCAUUGAGGGGAUGUGUUAUGCCCAGAACAUUCCCACAAGAGACCGCCAGGAAGGGAUGGCUGCUUUCAGGGAGAAGCGUCUGCCGCGCUUCAUCGGCAAAUAACAGUUCCUGCCUUCCCCUUGGCCAUACAGAGCUCAAGGAGGACUGAAGAGGACCCACUGAUUUCUUGGGAUGAUUUUUAUGACUGCAUUCUUUGUACCUAGCUCUGUGCCUUGGACUGCCUUUCAGAAUACUCCAGCGGGUCAGUUUGCUGCUAAGAAUUCACAAAUAUAGAUUUAACUUUGUAAAGCU